GAGGGUCAAUGUAAAUAGUCCAGGUGGCUAUUUGAAUAAUUGUUCAGCAGUCGUAUGGCUUGGAGGUAGAAGCUGAUAAUUAUAGUAAAUAAUUAUGCGUGCUAUCAAACAUCACAUAACACACACASAGAAUGAUAUACACACAAAUAUCAUGAUGAUUUCUUUGAUACUAGAGUUAACUCGUAUAUGUCUAAAAAGCAAGCUAGUCCCCGCCCCCCUGUCUUGUUGUCCAAAAACUUGCAUGAAAUCGAUUUGAGUGGAAAGGCUAGCUUGCUAUUCUACAUCGACUCAUAUAUCAACUCCACAAUCUUGGAGUGUACAUUUUAAGAGAAUAGGUUGAAUCUUGGGGUACAGCAAUGUCUAAAAGUGAGACAGAGGAGAUGAUAGAGAUUGAGAUCGACGGACAGGAGAAACAGGAGUGCCUGGAGGAGGGGGUUGAGGAGCAGACCAUUACAUCAGCCGAUCUGAUCCAACAGGACAUCGACAUCAAUGAGCCAAUCGGUAACCUGAAGAAGCUCCUGGAGCCCCGUAUCCAGAUGUCAUUGGAUGGAUAUGAAAUCUGUCUACAGGACAUCCAGCUGCAUCCAGACCACAGCCUCUUUGAUCAAGGAGUGAAGACAGACGGCACAGUGCAACUCAGUCUACAGAUCAUCACCAAGCCAGGCGAGGAGAAGCUGAACAUCCUGGAGAUCGUGAAGCCGGUGGAGACGGUGGAGGUGGUGAUCGACCCGGAUGCAGCAGGGGAGGAGGGCACCCUGAUGGAGGAGGGCCAGCUGAUUGCUGUGGAGCACUCCUCCCUGUCAGAUGACACCUCAGAGCAGGUGACACGCUGGGCCGCCGCCCUGGAGGGCUACCGCAAGGAACAGGUCCGUCUGGGGAUACCCUACGACCCAGAACAGUGGACAGCAGACCAGGUGAUCCACUGGGCCGUGUGGGUGAUGAAGGAGUUCAGCAUUGACGAGAUGGAGGUGGGAGGGAUUCACAUCCCGGGUCGCGACCUCUGCUCCUUCACCCAGGAAGAGUUCCUGCAGAGGGUCCCUAGUGGAGAGAUCCUCUGGAGCCACUUGGAGCUGCUCCGCAAGUGUGAGUUUGUGUUAAACUUCCGACUUCAACUGUAUGUGUACCUCAAGAGCUUGGUAUGCUUUUUUAUGGAUGCCUUAAGUGUGCAUGUGCUCGUAUCUGAUGUGAACACACACACACACGUCCUCUCACCUGUCCCUUUAGGUAACAACGGUCAGAUCCAGCUGUGGCAGUUCCUGUUGGAGCUGUUGACGGAUAAGGAUGCUAGAGACUGUAUCUCCUGGGUGGGAGAGGAGGGAGAGUUCAAACUCAACCAGCCUGAACUGGUGGCCCAAAAAUGGGGCCAACGCAAGAACAAGCCCACCAUGAACUAUGAGAAACUCAGCCGAGCGCUCAGGUAUUACUACGACGGGGACAUGAUCAGCAAGGUGCAGGGCAAGCGCUUCGUCUACAAGUUUGUGUGCGACCUGAGGACUUUGAUUGGCUACAGCGCUGCCGAGCUCAACAACCUGGUGACGGAGUGUGAGCAGAAGAAGCUGGCCCGCAUUCAGCUGCACGGGAUUGGCCAGCCCAUCACCACAGUGACACUGGCCACCUCAGCACAGGACAGCUGAGGGGGGAGGGGCAUGGGACUGCCCCAGGUAGAAGUUGCCCAUUGGCACAAAUCUAGGAUCAGAUUACUGUGACCAGCCCUAAGCUUUACCAUUAAUAGGUGGAAAUGAUGAACAGACUUUAGAUCCAUGUCUAUGGGCAACUUCGUCCUUCUCCUUUUGUUUUGAUUGUGGAGGUUGUUUUCUUAUUUUAACCAGGGAAGAGAUGCUUGUUGGAGGGAGUGUGUGUGUGUGUGUGUGUGUGUGUGUGUGUGUGUGUGAGAGAGAUGGGGAGUGUGUAUGCUGGAAAAUCAAAUGAGCUUUGCAUUUUUUGUUCCUUUAUCUGUAGCUUAGUAUAGUUUCCAUUGUAUAUACCGGUACUCCAUGUUUUUGAUAGCCACAAGGGCAGUGUAUUUUCAUAUUUUCCAUUUAUAAAAGGAUCAGUUUUGUAUUUUAUUUUAAGCUUUUUUCCCCCUAAUGAGUUGGACCUUUAUUGUCCACCAGGGGAAAUAAAGUGGCAGAUGUUUUCCUAA